CACGGUACCUGUGUGUACGACGAGCGGCAUAGUUGACGAGGUGCGUCCCGUGCCGCCUGAUGUCUACGCAUCGUCUUCGUCGCACGGAGACAGCACAGCGGCUCGCCACCCCCGUGUCUACCCCUACCUCCGGCAGCAAUACCACCCUUCCUAGGUCCUAUGGUAGCCACACGCUUCAGUCAUCGGUUUCAGCGGCGCACAGUGGUUCGUUCACGAGCUCCAAGGGACAAGAAUAUUUUUUAAAGGGGCUCGAGGCGACACUGAGUGACAACAAGAAGAAGUACAGCGACAAGGUGAGUGCGCUUCUGUCAGCCUGGGAGCAUGUCACCAAUUAUAUUCCUGCGGCACCGCCCGAGGCCAUCCAGUCUCUCAUAGAAUGGGCUCACAGAAAUACAUUGACAUUGGUAUUGCGCGGGGAGUGGCCGAAGUUGGCACCCGUCGCGAAAACGCACCUCUGCGUGACGCUGCAGAGGUGUGCGUCUCAGCUGGUGCAACAUCCCGCUGCACUCAGGUGUACCGCCCUGCUGGCUCUGGUGAACAAUCCAUGGACGCAUCCCGUCCUCGAUAGCAUACUUAACGGCCAACCGGAUUCCGAACAUGAAGAGGAAUUCUGUUGUUCGGAGAAAGGCGAGCUGCUGACGAUGAGACUGAAGAUACUCUGCGAGGACCGCUGCGAGGACAUAGCGGUGAACCUCGCCGCUGCAUGCGUGCGCUCUCUCAGACAAAGCGAUCAGCUGCGGUCGCUCUCGGAGUCUCAUCACGUCCACUAUAUGAUCGACGUGUACAUUGUCCUCUUGUACAAAUUGAAACGCACGCAAGAUAUUUUCGCUCAAUUAAAAUUAAUGGACCUCAACGACGGGCUUGAAUUGGUCCAAAGGCUUAGCGGUGAGAAGCCAACGAAGUAUGGAACAGCGCGUGUUUGGAGAAAUUCGAUAAAGGCCGCGGAAUUGGUCGCGCAGUAUCUCGUUACUGCCGGAAUGGUUCGACCGGUAUCGGAAACCGGUGCAAAUAUUUUGGAGCAGAUUUUGAACUCUUGGGCGCUGUUGCACGCAAAAUUGAAGGAUGUUGCACCGACUCUGCCCGGCAUGAUCAGAAAAUUAAUCGAACCCGCGGAAAGUGCUCAACAUAUUUAUAUCUUUUGUGCAGUACUUGCAAAACAUUUUGGCGAGAGUAUAAAACCUUUGGUGAUCGAAUUGUACAUCAGAGCGCUAACAACAGAUAUGAACGAGUUGGAGAGUCAGAAGGUAAAAUCGGACAAGGACAAGGUGCGCGAGACCGCCAAGCGUUUGAGCACGCAAUUCCUCAAAUUGGCGGACGUAGUAGACAGCAAUAUUGGCAUUGCAAGAGAAUGCGUUUUGACGGCAUUCUCCUUACAUCCUACCAGAGCCUGUUACGAUAGAAUAAAAGAAUUGGCAGUGGCAUGUGGAAAGGCGAAGAAAGAUGGCGGUUCGGAAGAAAAAAUAAUUAUCAAGGAGGAACCUAUGGAAAUUAUAGAAGAAAUAGCUAUCAAGAAGGAAUUCAUAGAUCGUGGAGGAGAAACAAAGGAAGAAUCUGUAGAUGCUACAGAAGACGAUCAUUAUUCUAUAUCCGCCAAGAAGGUCGAAAUAAAAUCCGAGAUAGAAAGUGCUAGUGUUACGGAAACACCUGCACUGAGUUCAGAAGUGCAAUUGCCGUAUCAAAACUCACUUGCUGCCAAAGGCAUGGAUCUUCAAAGCGGUCAAGUAACGAAAACGUUUGAACAAACUAAUCAAUUGUUGAAGAGUUUGCUGACGACAAAAAAUUCUAAUGUGAUGUCGUCUGAAACAACAAAACCAGCGUCGUCAACUGGUAAUAGGUGUCCGUUACAUUCGAAUGCGGAAUCCUUAUCCAAUCUUGGCGAGCUCUGUUUCAACUGUGGCGAAUUUACUGGCAAUAAUCAGCUGAAUGACGAUAAAUCACAAUUGAACAAAGACAGCACAACAUCGGGCAACAAUGUGGAGAGAACACUGGACGCAUUGAUCCUGAUCAAAGGAGAUGCGGUGACAGGCUCGGCGAAUUACGACGAGAAGUCUGUACCUAGUCAAGUACUAGACGGUGAAAAAUUGGGUCUCUCGCCGCAACUGUGUGACGAUCUAGCUGUAGUAUUAAGUAGUCCACGUUAUCACAUGCUUAGUUGGGUGUUGGACUGGAAGGAAUUGAAGACUUUAUGCGAGCGAUAUUUAGAAAAUGCUGAGGAGAUGCGUAAUACGAACAAGGAACUUAAAUAUCUGAACAUCGAUUACUCGCAGUUUAAAGAUUGGCCAUCAGAGGAUGACACAAAGGACGUCUUCUUCGGCAUUGAAAAAGGAUACGAGCAGUGGGUUGACCUGCCAUCCGACAGUUCCGAGCAAUAUGGUAGCUUCCAGCCGGCGGCCGGCUAUAAACGUUCUUCAAUGCGUCGCAGUCUAGACGAUACCACUACAGAUUCAGAUAGUGGUAGUGUAUUGCACGUGCGACGCACCGCGCGAACGCGCAAGAUUCAUCGACUAGAAUCGUCCGAGAGUGACUAUGACAGCACUGAACGUAAACCAAAGCACUUUAGGAAUAGAAUUAGCUCGGUAUCGGACAGCGAUAGUAACACACAAGACAGUCAGACUGAUAGUUUGGGUAGUGACGGUUGUCGAUUGGAAACCAAAAAGAAAUCUAAUAAAUCCAAUGGCAAAGAGUCCAGCAAGAAACGUUCAAAAACAUCGAAGCUUACCGUCGAGUCUGUCUCCCAUUUUCAAAUGUUAGUAAACGAAGAGGCGCGGCAUACAAACGCGCACGAGGAUGCCAGCGGCUCCGAUGUUAGCAGCAAUGACAUUAUUACUCUCUUUUCUGCCGACAUGGACGAAAACAAACGCGAGACGAUCAAGGGAUCGGCAUACACCGCCGCCGCACAAUUAAUCAUUACCGAAAGGCGAAGUGAUCCAGCAGUGCUCAAAUCUCUCAGGAUGUUUAGGCCACAGACCUCGAAAAAGCCAUCAAUUUCGCAGAUUUUGCAAAAAAAUCUAUUAAAUAAGAAUAAGGAUACUAAUGGCGGUCGGACAGAUGCUGAACAACAAGCGACGAAUAACAUUGCGAAAUUCGCGCCAAUGCUGAGCACGUUGAAUCUGAAUCCGAAGAUUGUGUUGACGCGCGCAGAUGAAGCUGAUCGUAAGCUGACUUCUAACCGUAGUAAAAAGCAGCAGCAACGGUUGAGUAGCGGUGACAUUACUAGUGAACUGAUUAACAUACAGAAGACAAUGCCAUUUUCACCGAACAAGAGUGUAAUAACGUAUCAAAAGAAACAAAAGGAGCGUGUCGCGAGUGGCAAGAACAAUGCCGGUAGCAAGAGCAGUCUGAACUGUCCUGUGAUCGACGGCCGUCACGAUCAUCAUCGUCAUCUCGGCUCCGUCAAGUCGAACUUGGGUAAGACCAAGUUUGAUAUUCUCGCGAAGGCUGUUAGGGAUUCUGAUAUAUUGGCUAAAAAUGUGCCGGGUUUAAAUUCGCUGGAUAUGAUGGUGCCGCCGCGGCAGCGCUCCACAGUGAAUGUUGUCCAGCUCUCCAGGAGCGGCGUGCCACAGAGCCCGAGUUCCGCCACUGGCACGCCGACAACUAUUAACGUUAGUGGCAGCACGCCGCCGCGGCCGACGCGCACUCCAAGCGUGGCUAGCAAUCAAAGUAGCAGUGGCGGUGGCAAUAGUAGCAUACAAUUGCCAGGCACUCCAUCCUCAGGCGGCCACGACAGUGGCGUCGGUAUGAGUCCGGCUGGCCAGACGCCGCCGUUGAGAUCGUCGUCGAAUCUCGGGACGCCAGACACCAUCGGCGAGGAGCUCAAUCAGACUUUAGACGCUGCAUCGCCGACGACUGUCGGUCCAGUGAUUCCGACGACGACGAUGGCUGCUAAUAGCAUCUCGGUGGUACGUCAACUCGAUGUUGUCGCUGCCGAAUCGGCGAGUCCAGUACGAACGAUAACACAGAUGCGUCGUGCGAGCAAUCAGCAGAAUAAUCAAUCGCCAAAAAAAUCACCUUCUCCGGGCGCGACUACAGCUACAACAAUGACAACGGUGACAACCACGACAUCUUCGGGUGGAUUGAUCGCGACGUCCAUCACGUCCGAAUCCUUAAAAGUCAUCUGUAAACCCGAUGGCAGUUACCACCUCGCGUCAGUCAAUCCCAAUCAAAUUGUGUCCAAUCAGAGAAAUCUUUUAGGCUUGCAAAAUCUGGAGGACGGUAGCGGUAGCACGAAUUUUACGCGACAGCAACGUGGCGCGGAUGCAGGCGCAACGUCCAACAGAAAUACAUACGAUCGACUGACUGGCAGCAGUUCCACCGCGAAGAACGCGUCGCAAACUGGCCAGAAUGUUCUGCCCAAGUUUCAACAGGCUUUUCGCAAAACUUCCAUUUACACUCUGUCAACAGAUGCGACUGCAAGUGGCGUUGCCAGUGCCGCGACAGACACACCGCUGAGCGGCGUUCAACAAACAGUGGUGACAUCCGCACAGAAAACGACGACGAACUUGUCGAAAGCGGUGCAGACGUCUGUGCCGAAUAAUCAACAGCAACAACAACAAGCAAACACUGGAAAUGUGCAAUCGAUUAUUCCUAAUCUACAGUUGCCGGCCGGUAGGUCGAUAGUUAAUCUUGUGCCGAAUUCCGGUAAUACCACGAAUGCCUCCAUCAAUUCAAAUCAGAGUGCAAGUCAAACGCUCACGCAACUCGUGCAAAACGCCAGUUCGUCCAACACUGGCGUUAUAUAUACGCACAAGGUAAUACCCGGCAAUAAUCCUAAUCAGCUCAACAUCAUCCCACCUACCAUCAUAUCGCAUGCCAAUUCAAUACCGGGUGGCAGAACUCCCGUGGUCAAGCUUAACAUUAUCCGUACACCAGCCAGACAACAGAAUUUGACGGGAACCAUUCAGGCUGUCCUGACGCCGAGAUUGCAGCAACAACAGCAACAACAGCAGCAACAACAGAGUGUAAGGACGGACAGUUUGAUUGGUUCUCCGAUCGAGGUAAACAAUCAGGUGAGCUCAACGACUUUGGAACAGUUACGAGAAUUUGAGAGCGUGCUGGAACAAGUGAAAGAGAGGAGUAUUCAGCCACAGACUCAUCAAUCGAUCUCAAAUAACGCAACCACAACAGCCGUGCAGACACAAACCACCACGCAACAGACUCAGGCAAGCAAACAACAACAGAUAUCCGUCAGCACUUUGGCGCAACAACUGAUGAUGCCGACACAGUCCAGCGCGAACGAGUCAUUUGCGAGCAACGGUAAUACUGUGACAUUCCAACAAGAUUCUGUGUACUCACAGAAGGUCUCUUUGGCCUAUGUGAAUCCAAACAGCGGCACCACCAAGGUGGCGGCUAAUUCCACAACACCAGUGGUCGUGGUUACCAGUUACUGUCAACCAGCGGCGUCACCAGCGUUGAGCGUCACGUCGCAGAGUUCCUCAAGUCCGUGCGUGACACCGGCGCCAGCACCGAUACCGUCGACUGGCAAAACACCAUCGACGCCACCAUCUGUCACAGUCGGAACCGUCGCCUCCGCUAAAACCAAUGUGAAGAAAUCGACGCCCAAAGCAGUUAAGAGCAGCGCUACCAACACGUCCAAGGCAUCGCCGAUACCGAAACCACAGCAAAAACCACAGGAGGACGAGCAGACUGCCCAACGGAUCUACGCGAUUCUCGACGAGUAUGCGGAGCAACUGAGAAAUUCACCGGACCUCAAUAAUAAACCAGCACCGCGCAGAAGAUCCAAUCCGCCAACCAAUCCGAAUCAAUCGUCGAAGAGAAAGAAAUCAAGCUCCAGCAAGAGCAAGCCGGUGGGACAGCAAACUUCCGAACUAAGUCCUAGUACGGACGAUCUCGGUAGGACUAUGGGCAGUGAGGAUUCCUCCAGCGGAGUUGUGGGGCACGUGCAGGACAGUCCGGCCGGUUUCUCUGCUCCAGAGGAACCGUCAAUUAGCACGGAGACAAGUGCCGAAGUGCGCAAUUUGACGAACGACUCGAACGACGGCGUCGAGAUGAAUGUAAAGCGACGCAAUCUCAUAUUUACGGAGCCAGGCUCUGGUCAACCGCGCGCGGUGAUUGUCCAGGAAGCGCUGCAAUCUGGUUCGGUGAGUGUCAGCGAAGCUAUCGCUUCGGUCACGGGUAAGAUGAGCAGCGCCCAGGUGUUGAUGCCCACCAGUAUUGUGCUACCAUUGAUGAAGGGCACUCAGCAGUUUACCAUAGUCUCUGGCUCCAAGUUGCUCGCGACGAUGCCAACGACUGUGCGCACUGCCGGCGGUACUUCGGUCUCCAACACCCUGCUGUUGCAAUCCUUCCUCAAUCAGGGCAAACUUAUCCCCGCGCAAUCACAGGUCAAGCAGAUGAAAAUGCAGCCUACUCUGCAGACGUUAUCGAAUAACAAUCAGACGCUAACUGGCGCACAAAACGUUCAGAGCACGCCUGUAGUAAUAUCGCAGACUGGAAGCGCGCAGUUCGCUGGAGAAACUGCCACAAUGACGGUGUCGACGCCGGAUAAGCCCAGUGUGAUCAGUGAGCUAACAUUAAAGAAUGAACCCGGGGUAGCCGGUGGCACGAUCACGGUUGAAUCAGCGGCGACGAACGCCAUCGUGGUGAACAAAAGCAAUCCUACUCUCAGCCUGAUCGGAACCCGGAACAUUAAUGAGAUAUCAGACAACCAGCAGAUAUGCGGCGUUAUCACUAGCAAUCCAACGUUGCAGGGCACAAGGUUCUUUAACUCGAGCAUACAUAAACUGUCAUCGGCACCUGGCGCUCUGAAGGAAAACGUGGUCUGCAUCGCGUCAGCUUCUGCGGUUUCACCAGAAAAGAAGUCUUCUCAGGAUGCACAAAUACACACCGAGAAACCGAUGUCCAUACAAUCAGGCGCGACCAUUGCGCUCACCUUCACUCAGCAAGCUGAUGUGAACUCCAUGCUGAACGACGCAACUCAGCAACAACAGAAAGACACGAAGGAAGCGUCCACCGAGAUAACGUCCGGUACUAAAAUCAUUUCUCCGAAAACAGUAAAGAGAAAAUUCGAUAACGCUAUCGGCAUACAGGAAAACCUAUCGCCGAGGCCCGAACCUGUCGCUUUGAUCUCCACAAAUAUUUCUACGUUACAGAAUAAUACAAAAAUGGAAUCUAUGUCUUCUAUUAUUACCACGAACAAGCAAUCGAGCGUUAUCGAUAGCACGUCGCAAUAUUUGGUGACCGGUGGACCGAGCAGUUCUGAUAGCCAGGAAUCAUCUGUACAGCAGUCCACCGAGACGAUGGACGGAUCCUGCAAAGUUGGUAAUGGACUGUUGUACGAAAAUGCACGCCUGCAGGAAGCCUGGGAAUCAGAGGGAAAGAUCUCGCCGGAUACGCCAUGGAGAUACGUUCCUACGUCAAUGAAUACACUGAGCAACGAGCCAUUGAAAGCAUAUUCCAGGGAUAGCGAUAAUUCCGAGAGCGUGCUGCAGAUUAUCAACAAAGGCCAGGGCAUCGAGAUGGCGGGCGGACAGAUUUAUCAAUCGAAUGCGAAAAAGUACUUUAUGAAUCAUACUUUAGACGCUUCAUACUCCAAUAAGAAUAGUUUGAUGAAGACACAGCUGAUUCCCAGAUUGGAUCGUGAAUUGAUGCAGCAAAGAAUAGAGAGGAAGACAGCGUAUGAGCGCGAACUUAAGUUGCAAAAGAGUUUGUCGGAGGAGUGCGAAGAUCUAGGAGUCGACGAGCCUAGCACAAGUGAACUCUUUCCCGAGGCGGACUUGCUAUUUGAUACAAAUCAUUCGCCGUCGUUCGAUCAUUCCUCGCAAGAUGCGUCCUGCAGUCAAUCCCUGAGCAUGAAGCCGUACAAUAGCUCAUACUUCCGAUCGCUGGACUCAUCUAGCGGCAGCAGAGAUGCCAGUCCGACGAACGAUUUUAAGACGAACGAGCGCAAGAAGACCGCGAGUCAACGUUCGAGAACUUUGAAGGAUUCGUUGAAGAGAGGAAAGCGAGAAAAGGAAGAUCUAGGCAUUCCAGCGAAACAUAUGCGACUGACUCUCGAUAAUUUAAGUCAAGAUGAGGCGUCAAACAGCAAUUCGGAUAUUUCCAGGCUAUCACCGGCGAAUCUUGGCUCUUUGGAGAAUGACUCGUCGAAAGACAUGAGUGGCCAUCGUAUGAAACUGACCUCGACAAGUGGCUCGAAAGAAGGUACACCCAGCAGCGUAUCUAGCAUACCAUCAAACAUAAAGCUAGACAUCGAUUUGGACUCGGAAUCGUUGCCACCCAGCAUAAACGUUAACAACAUCUCGGCAGCAAGCUCGGGUGACGAGAGCUUGACUUUACUGAGUGGUAACGCCGCGGAUCACCAUACCAUACCAUCGCCAUUGUCACCAUUAGCCGCGGCUGGACCGCUGCUGUCCACGCACAACAAGUAUACGUAUGCCAACAAAAAGCGCGUGCCGUCGUCUAAAGUACGCAUGGAUUCGUAUAUGGCGUGGGAGAGCCCAAUGUCCGAACGCACAAGGUCCAGCAGCGACGACGAGGAUUCCAGCAUCAGCGAAUCAAUCGGCAGUCAGCUAGAUGACAACGUUGCGUUGAGCAACGGUCUCGAGGACAGUGUACAGACGGUAAAAUCCUUGUCCUCCGAGCGGCAUUGCACUUAUGAAAAAAAGGAUAAGCUGCAGGCGAAUACCGCGAGAGUAGUUUUGAGUCGCGCUGAUCACAAAACGAUAACAGCAGCAACGACGGCGCUUCCUAAACGGAUUUCUAAGACAGAAUCGAUAGCGACGACAGAGUCAAUGAUAGUAUCGAGCGACAAGGCAUCGGAAGCAUCGGAGGAUGAAGCGAGUACUAUCGUGUUGGAACCGGCGGAUUGCCGCGCCAGGAGAUCCAGCCUGCGUUGCCAUGUGAAAAAGAAUUGCGCGUGCUGCAACGGCUCGCCGGAGCGACCGAAAAAGAAGACGACGCCAACGACGACGGUCAAGUCAACAGAUCACAAACUGAAGAAGCGGUUAUCGUCGAAACAACCUGGCAAGAAGAGGUAGUCCUAGCGAUCGAACGCUCGCGCGAGCAUCGCAACGUAUUAUUAUAUCAUUAGCGUGUUGUCGUCGUUAUCGUCACGGUGGCUUGCGAAGCGACGACGAUGCGGGCGUUUCGAAACUAGGUCGGGGGUUUGACAUACGCCUCUCGCCGAGAAAAAUAUGAUUCAGAUAGCAAGCGAUCUUGCUUGCUUGUGGAUUGCGAGAUCCAUGGCGUUGGCAUUGUAAAUAUUAAAAGCGCGCUUAGACGCGAGAAUUUCGUGAAACUAUCCUACAAUAUCUAUCGAACAUUCGAUGGCUGCAUUAGCACGCUGGUAGGCAGGGAGACAAGCAGGCAAACAGGCUCAGCUGUGCAAAUAAAAGAAAUAUUCUUUAUGAGUUUAAAUUAACAGUGGAUCUAUAUACUUCACGUCGUGCAUAUGAUAUGUAUGAAUGUAUGCGUGAACGAAGAGAAAGAGAAAGAAAGAAAGAAAGAAAGAGGACGGGAGUAUAAUAGACAUACGAUUUAUUACUAAAUAGAGUUUUCGUCGAUAAUAGUAGAUCAUCCCUGUACCAUUAGGUGUUAAUUACGAUAUUAGAUUAUAAGGUACAGAUCAUUUAUGUAUGGCAGACUUAGAUUUUAAAUCGUUAAGGACCGUUUUAGCGAUGCAAUCUAGUCAAGUCGUUUUGUGACGAGGAAUAGGCGAUGAGUAUCGACAAACCGUUAAGCAGCAAGCGAAAUCAUAAUGACCGUUAAUAGAUCCCUCGCAGAGUAAAGAGAAAGAGCCUGAAUUUAUAUAAUUCAACCUAUAUAGUACGUCUAUCAUGGCAAAAGCUAUUCCACGUUGUAACAUGGUGUGGUCAGACUGAAUAGACAAAUAAUAAUAGAGUUCUCUUUCCGAAGGAAUAUUAGGAUAUAGUAACAAGGACGUGCAUAAACGGUCUCCUUUGGAUGCAUCGUCUUUGCCUUUCGUGUAAUGCUUAUCUGUAUAUCUGUAUAACUCUAACUUUAUAUAGAGAAAAAAUUAUAUCGCUGUAAAUUCUCGGCACUCUGCUCUCAGACGAUAACCCUCGAAGAACGCGGGGUUACUUUGAAUAAGAUUACGAUACGCCUGAUUCAAGUGCGUGAGGCGUAUGAAACGGACGAGAGAAAAAAAAGAUGUGGAGUGGCAAUAACAUAUUCUACGGAUCAUUCAAACAGCUGUCUGUUGUACGGCCCGACCAUACCUUGUCAUGGUGCAUGUAAAAAUCCACGAUUGUACAUUGCGUAGAUAAUUAAUUAAAAAGGUAUAAUAUUAUAUAUAUAUCGCUGCACUUUAGUACAAAAACGCUUCACUUUGUUUCAGAUGAGAAUGAUAGAUUUAUAUCGUAUUUCCGUGUGCUAUCGUGAAAAAAAAAAA